AAUAAAUUUAUUUAUUCAUAUUUAUCUAAGGAAGCAGCUGUCCUCGAUCGAUUUUUCGUUACGCAACAAUUAUUCGGUAACUGGCAUCGGGGGUUUCAAGCGCGCGUUCGCUGCACUCGCCGUGCAGUUUCCUCGACAUUCCGCGGAACAUAGGGAAUGCGCGAGCGCGCGCGCGCGCAGCAGCUCUCGCGAGGCACUCUGGUGAUAUAUUCCGCUGACACGGUAUAUUUGUUUUCGUCCGUAAGUACAUUCGGAAGUCCUCCGUUUAUUGUGCCCGCGCGUUCGCUCGCGCUCGGACAGCGUAGCGGCGAGCGCGGAUUGUUGCUGGCGCGACAGGUCGUGCCGUGGACUUGUGGACGACAAUGGCCAACCACUACGAGGUCCCGAACUGGGCCGGCAAGCCACCGGUGGGGCUGCACCUGGACGUGCUGAAGAACGACAAGUUGAUACAGAAACUCAUGGUGGACGAGAAAAAGUGCUAUCUGUUCGGCCGUAAUCAGCAGUUGAACGACUUCUGCAUCGAUCACGCGUCCUGCUCUCGCGUCCACGCGGCUCUCGUGUAUCACAAGCAUCUGAAUCGAGCGUUUCUGGUUGAUCUGGGAAGCACACACGGGACCUUUAUUGGAAAUCUACGUUUAGAAGGUCAUAAACCGACUCAGUUACCAAUUGACAGUACAUUUCACUUUGGGGCGUCUACUCGGUAUUACAUAAUAAGGGAAAGACCUCAGACUGGCGCCCGGCCUAUCAUCGAAGAACUGGAGAAGCUAUCCGAGGAUAUGGAUGCCGGCGGUUUGCUGGGUUUGCCAGAAACCGAAACAGAAUUAGACAAUCUAACAGAGUUUAAUACAGCUCACAAUCGACGGAUUUCUAUGCUUGGCAUAACAGACGACGAAAUGCAUAAACCGACGCGCAAGCGGAAGAAAAAGGGAAUCACCUUCAACGACGACGAAGAAGUAAUCAAUCCAGAAGAUGUUGAUCCGUCAGUCGGGAGGUUUCGUAAUCUUGUACAAACGACAGUUGUUCCUAGUAAGAGAAUGCGUAUGGAGGGUGGUCUCAUAUCGCUGUCAGAAGAUCACAAUCUUCUGAAGCACAUGCAGCCCACGUCUACCACUCCGCAGCUCUAUCACGAUCUACCUCCCGAGCAGUUCACGCCGUCCUCGAUGUCGAUCAAUCCGUUCUCCACCGCGCUCACGUCGCUGACGUCGCGGCUCGGUAUCGCGCUACCGAAUCCCGCGCCCGAGGUGGAGAUGACGCCGAAUCAGAUACAGGCGGAGGUGCAGCACGUGCAAGAACACAUGCCGGGCGCGACGGAGGGCCGGGCGAUGGAGCCGAAGAAGAAGAAGUACGCCAAAGAGGCAUGGCCUGGGAAAAAGCCGAUACCGACGCUUCUUGUAUAAUAGGGAGGAAAUUACCGUUCAUACGCAUAUGAUAUGGCCCUUGUUUUCUGAUAAAGCUGCACCUUCAUCCAAAAAUUGUUCGCACAUUAUAGAUUCACAAUUUAUCGUCAGCUCUAUCAACGUGUUAUUAUAUCGUCAUUAACUCUAUCAACUCUCUAUCCUAAUUGAACCAUAUAAACGUUGAGCCAUAUAAGCUUAUGUUGAAAAGACUAAAUCUAUGCUAAUUAUAAAAUAUUAUUUAAGUGAUAAAUAAUUCAAAUUUAACUUCGGCUUAUUAUCAUGGUUUAAAAUUUUAUUUAACGUGAACGUGUCUUGCAAAGAGACUUGUGAUCCACUCGAAGAAUGCAAAUGAACUACUGUAAUCUGUUAACGCGAUAAGUAGUGACGUGCAUUCGGUAGCUAAAACUAAUAAUGAUACUCGAGCUUCUAAGUGAUGAUAUUGAAUAUACUUUUAUGUUUAUCAUGUUAAAUUUUGUCUUACAUUUUGUGCUACAUUUAGUUUAUUUUUACUGCGAUAAUGAAUAAUAAUCAAUAGAAAUAAAAUUAUUAAUGUUUAUUUUAUCAAAUAGAUUUUCGUGACUAGCAGUAUGAAGUUACAGCCUAGUUUUAACAUUAUCGUGAUUUUUAAUAAUUAUUAAUAACAAUAUUAUUUAGUUAUUACGUAAUAUAUUGCAUUUCUUGAAACCUUAGCAUAAUUUCCUCUACGUACAAUUGCUAUCGCUCCAAGUGCAAUGAAUAUAAUGUAAAUAGCUAUAAAGGGAAUUUUGUUGAUAUACUUUUAUAAAUAAUCAGUACCAAAAAAAGUCAAUGAAAAAAACAAAUAUUGUACAUAUUACAUGAAUAAGUAUUAUUUUGGAUCAGUAAAUUUUCGAUGUAAAGAGU